AUGGCGUGUCUCAAGGACUUUGCUCUGCUUUCGGUACUCUUCCUGCAGGCGUUCCCUGUCGGCGCAGCACCAGCCCCUGUCGAUGGCUAUCGCGCCUUGACGGACCAUAAUCCUCUUCACCUUGCGAAUAUCGAGCCCUGCGCCGGUCCUGAUGAUUGUGGAGAAGGUGAGGAAGGAAAUGGCGCAGAUAGCAAUGGCGAUUCUGGUGACCAUGAGAGUGGGGGUGAUAACAAAAAUGGUGGAGAUCCAAUCACCACUAUAACCGACUGCCCCGGCGUCCCAACGACCACAAUCACGAUUACCACUGAUAACCCUGACGGCACCGCAACCGCAACGAUCACGUCGACGACAACAAUCACCGAAAAGACUACGGACGGUGAAGGCACAGCCAACCGCCCGACGCAGACAGACACGAUCAUCCAGACUAUCACCGACUGCACCGCGACCACAACUGACUAUACCACUAUUACCGCGGACGCGUCCACAAUCACCACAACGGUCACCACCGCUGGCCCAACAGUAACGAGCACGACGACGACGACCGAGGGUGCCGAGACUGUUACAGAGCCGGGCGUGACGACGACGGAGACGCUCACGAUAACUGUUGACGAGACAGUCACCGAGACAACGACGUUGACGUCUCACCAGAUCGAGACAGAAACUCUCACAGAGACUGAGACGCAGACGGUUACGCUCAACCAGACCAUCACGACGACCAGCACCACGACGUCAGUUUCGACGACGAGUAUAACAACAACAGAAUCAUGCUCCGCAACCAGCACGGCCGACCCCAAUCCCGAUCCCACCCCAGAGCCAGAACCCAACCCGGGCGUCUACGGAACCUGCACAGACCCGACAAUAAACUACGUCCUCAACAGCAACGGUCAAUACAUCUAUACAACGAACAACCAGGACGACUUCCCCUUUGGCGAAUCGCCGACGAUCCAGAGUCCGGCGGCACUGAUCUGUAAUCGGCUUGAGAGCCCGUGCAAUGCGCCGCCGGAGACUGUGGCCGCUUGUCGGGCGACGAUUGACGGGGUGAGUGGGUUGGAAGGGCCAGCGGCCGCGGAUGCGUGGAAUGCGGCGUUGUUGGGGAUUGUUGGGUGAGAUUAUCACUUAAGUGGGACUAUCAGUUCUGAAAUUCGGCUAUGGAUGGAUGGGAAUACGAUAGAUUGACUGAUCGGCCUGGAAUAUCAGAG